CGGGACCUCACACAGGUCGAACUGGACGCGGCGGCCACGGAGCUCGAGAAAAAUGUCAUCUUCGGCGAGUCCCUCUUUUCGCGCGCAGAGCUCGGGCUCGAAGUUCUUGCAAAGAACCUCUCCGUUGGAACAUCCGCGGCUGGGACCACUACACUAAAAACAGGACGAGAGGUCCGGCAGGAGGCGCAGGCGCGACCAGGAGGAAAGGACAGCGGGGGGAAUGCUACUUGCGAGGACCACACAGAGGCAAAGGGAAAAAAGUGGACCAACUGGGGAGGCGGCGUUGUCGGCGAGAAGACUGCUGCGGCGAGGAGCAAGCAAGAGACAAAAGAACACGGGGUUCUUGCGAGUGAUCAUCAACACAAAAUAGUAAAUCAUGAAAAUGUUCUUGGCCGCUCUGAAGAUGAUCCCGAGCAGUCGAAAGGUGUAACCAGAAGUGGGACCAUAAGCGAAACGAAGCGCUUGCUGAUGCAAGUAGCUGAAAGAGUGGCGAAAACAAGCAGCCCUGCUCGUAAGAACAGAGUUGUGAGUGAGGAACCAAAUGAAGGAGCGCCGCAAGGCGCCAGACCGGAUAGUUCGGUCGGUGCGAAGUCGGAAAUAAAGAAGAACGCGUCCGGCUUUUUCCUGCCGAAUCGCCCGAAGGUUUUUUCACUGCGGAGGGGUAACAGCGAGACGCGAAUCACCCCGGCCGCGAACGCAAACCGGCGACAGAUUGGAGAAGAGGAUGCAUUGGCCAAUGAUCCACCUAGUAGUGGCAACAAAAACUACGUCGGACUGAUCGGGAAGAACCAGCAAGAAUCCACUGACCGCGCCGGGGGGGUGCGAAAGACCUCGUCGAUUAACCCGUCACUGGUAGAACAACUUCCCUUCCAGCCCAUGCUGCACCGUGUCAUGUCAAAUUCCAAUGCGCCAGGCCUUCUUUCGCCGCCAGACACAGGAGGCUUCAGGGGACUCAGACCGGCCGCCGUUGUUGUGGAUAAAACUUUAGUGGCGCAGGAGCCUUCUGCAAGUAUAACCGGAGCUGGCACGGCUGGGACAGGAGAUGCACAUGCAGGCAGUAAAGAAACUACUUCUGGUGCACGACCUGCUCUGGAACAACAGCUAGCUCAGCCAGUGAAUUGUGCGACAUCUACUUCUCACACCAGCGGCCAGCUGGAGUUCGUUUCUGCUGCCGCAGCGGGCCUGCAAACUUAUCCGCAGAACGCUUGUUCCGGUACAAUUCUUUCCGGGCCGCACCUACAACAUCAAGGGCUCCAUCUGCAGCAGCAAUACCACCUGCUACCGCUGCCGUUUUCGCCUCAUCCUGCGGGAUCGGUGGGAACGUGGUCACAACAGCUACACGUGCCAGCUGCACAGAUAGGGGUUCAUCCGCCAUUUCAACAAUCAGGUCUGCCGACGUUCCAUGCAUUCGAUCUGCAGAGGGAACCUUACAACCAGCAGGGUACCCCGAGCGAGGCCUUUUCGGCCGCGAGCCACACGAAGCGGGUCGUCGAGCAGUAAGCAUUGCAACUAUCGAUCUGGGCCUGGAACAAGAAUGCGGGUCUAUUUAUGUGUGCGCAUUGUUUUUCUUUUUUUGGAUAGAGUCGACCUCAGCGAUGCUCGAAGCAGAUCGACGGAACUACAACCCGGUCAAUUGUCACGCACGAGCGCCACUUCUCAUGACAUGCUACUUGACCACGCAUUAUUGAUGUUUACUAAAAGUAAAACGUAUCGUGUUUCUUGAAAAUAAAACUCGUGAAGAGAUGCUGUUACUUCUCAUUUUGUAUGUUGCGACUAGCAUUACAGACCCAUACCGAUUUGUGCAGUGGAUAAGCAGUUCUUGCAGUCGAUAGACGCACAAGUUAUCGUCGAGGAGGAAAAGCGAUGCGUGGGGCGGUCCUGGUGGACAAAUGGCAAGUACGACAAGCAAGUGCGGCUCGCGCCGCUGAGCAACGCGUUCGGCGAGGCGUGGAAAGAUCCCUUUUGGAGCAAGCGCGAUUUGAACGACGCACUGGAGGCGUGCAUUGACAUGAUUGGGCAAGCGGAGCACCGCAUGUUUACCCGGAUGUAUUUGGAGGAAGAAGCCGGGGACUGCACUUCCACUUCAUCCGAGGCCGAUGCUCUUUCCGACGCGGGCGCUGGGACGAAGGGCAGAAAUGCAACUAAUUUUUGCAAGAACUACACGGAAAGUCCGACCAUGAAACAGGACAACGAAGAAGACCAUGAUCUUCAUGAGGAAAAUUAUCAUCCUUCGGAGGUGGACAGCCGCCAUGAUUUUCUCACGCGAGACAAGCUGCACAGCAAUUUGUAUUCGAAAAAGCAGCGGACUCAAUUUUACCGCACCGCGUUACAGAAGGCACAGAAGCUGGCGCGGAAGCAAGGGUUGCGAAAGAAGGAGGAGUCUCAGGGAAGAAAACUUCGCCGUCGUAAAAAUCUUCCAGAAAGUUCCUGCCAACCACGGUCCCUCACAAAAGGCCGUGUCGCCGGGUUGAAGAGCUGCCAGGACGGUGAAGAUGACGAGAAGUCAAAACAUGAGAAACAACGUGUACAGUGUCAGAAAAAGAAGAACGAAGCUCAUGGAGGUCGCAAUAUUAAAGUGAAAAAAAAUAUCAGCAGGGAGCAGAUUGUGCUCACGCAUCGGGCCGGCGAAAAGGGUUGGGAAGUCGAACAGCACUACCGGAGUGGAACGAGUAGUGGACGAACAUCAUCAUCCAGGUCUUCGUCAGCGUCUGAGAAAGAACAUAACCAGGAACAAGAUCACCAGACCCCGCGCCGUGGAUUAAAGCAAGCGAAGAGGUACAGGGUAACGCGUGUUGAGAACUGGGACUACGAUUUGAAAAACGCCCGGCCGCGGGUAUCGGCCCGGCAAACGUUCGACGUUGCUUCAGGUCGGUACGACAGUAGUAGAGAGGAGGAGUUGACGGUUUCGUCGCGCGAACUGUUUUCCUCGAGCUACACGAGUUCCGAGGGGCGGACCUUUUUGCAGGCGGACUUUCUGGACCACAUGCAAACCGUGAUGGCUCGGCACGGGCACUGGUACGGCAAGGCGGAAGUGUCGUUACGGCAAGAAAUUGCCCGUAUCGCUGCGGGCCGCGAGGAGAAGAAAAACAAGAAGCGCGGACGGAGCGCCGGGCACGCGAGUGGUGAGCCCCCGCAGUACAACUUGUUUCACUACAGCCCCUGCGACGACCGGCCGAUCCAGCGGACCGCGUUACUCGGCAAGAAUAACAAGAAGAAGAGCUACAACUACCUGAAGAGCUCCUCUCUCUGCGACGAGUGUUUCAUGACCGGGAAACAGGGUCAGCAGCUGGUCCAGCACGUGCUGCAGGACAUCGAGGACGGGCAGCUGAAGUUCGACGUAACCGCCGACCUGAUGGUGGUCCAGCGCAACCGCCGCGGGGAGACGCCGUUUUUGGCGCCCGGAAGCGCGGCCGGAGCCCCCGCUGCGGCAGUUCUUGCUGCACCUCCCGGACUCCUGUAUCCAGCGCGCGCCACGACGACGACAACGCUUGGGACUACCGCGAUGACAACUAAGGCGACAGGAGACGAGGUCGCUGUUGUUCCGCGACCUGCCGGAGAGCUGCAGCACACAGCAGCUAAUGGCGAUUACAACAAGAAGAAGAACAGCCAGUUUGUCGCCGCGUUCCACUCACAGCGUACAACCGUCCAGCGGCUGCACAACUACGUGGCACGCAAGGACAAGUUCCGCAACUUCGGAGAGAGCAGCUUCGGGCUGAAGGGAGAGAUUCGCGCCUACAGGAACGAAGACGACUGGAAGCAGGAGGAGAUUCGCCUGCGCCGGCGCCGCGAUGAGGAGCGGACGGACUUAAAAGUGCUGCGCGAGUACACCAUUUUGGACAAGCAGGGGGAUCUGACGAAUUUGGUGAUGUGGCAGGACUGGGUGCUGAACAGAAAAUUUUACGCGGAACGAGACCAGCCGGGCUUCGGACAAGACGACAGCGGCAGCGACAGUGAGCACGAGCGCCUAGUAGAGGUGGGUCACGACCAUGAUGUUCCUGGUGGAGCUGGAGGAGGU